CAAGGUUUCACGGAAUUGUUAAUUGUUUUGAAGUUGCAACUCAGUCUGAAUAUUUGUUUUCCACUCCACUUCACCGCACACACAAUGCCGAUCCCAGAGAGCCUCCAGAAGUCCCUCGAUGCCUCCAAGUGCGAGUACCGCCGGCUGGGCCAGAGUGGUCUGCGCAUCUCGGUGCCCAUCUUUGGGUGCAUGAGCUUUGGCGACCCCAAGGUCAUGGACUGGGCGAUUGGCGAGGAUGAGGCGCUCCCGCUGCUGAAGGCUGCCUACGACAGCGGCCUCAACACGUGGGACACGGCAAAUGCCUACUCCAACGGCGCGUCCGAGGUGAUCGUCGGCAAGGCGCUGAAGAAGUACGCCAUCCCGCGCGAGAAGGUCAUCAUCAUGACGAAGUGCUUUUUCGCCGUCGGCGAGAGGCCCGAGAUCCGGCACUUCACGAAUCGCGCCGAGGUCGAAGCGUCCAAGGACUACCAGAACCAGUUGGGCCUGUCGCGGGCGGCCAUCUUCAACCAGGUCGAGGCCUCGCUCCGCCGCCUGGACACGCCCUACAUCGACCUGCUGCAGAUCCACCGCUUCGACCCCAACACGCCCAUCGAGGAGACGAUGAAGGCGCUGCACGACCUGGUGCAGUCGGGCAAGGUGCGCUACAUUGGUGCGAGCAGCAUGUGGGCGACGCAGCUGGCGCGCAUGCAGUUCGUGGCCGAGCGCAACGGCUGGACCAAGUUUGUGAGCAUGCAGAACCAGUACAACCUGCUGUACCGCGAGGAGGAGCGCGAGAUGAACCGUUUCUGCAACGACACGGGCGUCGGCCUGGUCCCCUGGGCGCCGCUGUGCCGGGGCCACCUGGCGCGCGCGCCCGAGAAGUUCGGCACGACGGCCCGCAGCGAGGGCGAGAAGAAGUCGCAGCCCGGGAGCCACGGGACGGGCGAGAUCGACCGGGCCAUCAUCGGGCGCGUCCAGGAGGUCGCGCAGAAGCACGGCUGGACCAUGAGCAACGUCGCCCUGGCGUGGAUCAACAAGAGGGUCAGCAGCCCCAUCAUCGGGUUCAGCAGCGUCGAGCGCAUCGACGAGGCCAUCUCCGCCCGCGGGAAGGUCCUCGACGACGAGGAGGAGAAAUACCUCGAGGAACUGUACCAGCCGAAGCCCAUUUCGGGCCACUCAUAGGGCGCUAGCUAAAAUACACGGGAAGACAAGAGUCGGAAAAGGAGGGAGGAGGAGCUGGUGGAUCGCAUCGUAUGGGUUAACUGCUCAAAAAUAAAAAGUACCUCUGUGAUUCUUCCAAGAA